UUAACCCCAUGGCGCCGCCGCCUCUCGUCCCUUUAAGGGUUUCAGAAGCCGGGAGGCGGGGCGGGGUUUUAGGGCCAUUCACAGCGGUCACAUGAUCGGGAAAGGUCCUGAUCGCAAGAGGAGAUUGGGACCUUUCCGUGAGUACCGGACAUGUGUGCUGGGAGCGCGCAGGGCACACGCUCUCAGCACUUAUGUUUUUCUUAAUUGCACGCAAAUGUGCGGCCACUCGGCGUCAAGGCCCAGACGCCUGGAGGCCGCAUAUUUGCGUACGGCAGGUGCCAAGUGGUUA